AUGGCAACUGAGUUAACUGUUCAAUCCGAAAGAGCUUUCCAAAAGCAACCACACAUUUUCACCAACCCAAAGGCCAAAGCCAACAGAAAGACCAAGAGAUGGUAUAAAGACGUUGGUUUGGGUUUCAAGACUCCAAAGGCUGCCAUUGAAGGUUCAUACAUUGACAAGAAAUGUCCAUUCGUUGGUACCGUUUCCAUUAGAGGUAAGAUUCUUACUGGUGUUGUUGUCUCAACAAAGAUGCACAGAACCAUCAUCAUCAGAAGAGACUACUUGCACUAUGUUCCAAAAUACAACAGAUACGAAAAGAGACACAAGAAUGUUGCUGCUCACAUCUCACCAGCUUUCAGAGUUUCAGAAGGUGAUGUUGUCACUGUUGGUCAAUGUAGACCAAUCUCAAAGACCGUCAGAUUCAACGUCUUGAAGGUUGCUGCUUCUGGUUCUAAAUCAAAGGCUUUUGCCAAAUUCUAA